CCUUGGAUAGUUUUUAUGUAAUUAAAUAAAACUACAUGUCUUUUGAUUAAAGGGAUCGUGUAAAAAUGUCAGCAAGUUAUUAGUGCCGCCCAUUUGAUGAUGCUGUAGUAAGAGGGAACCUCCUUAAUUACUAAUUUCUCCGUUCCGCAUCAACCGCUCUUCUGUCCUAGAAGUUCCUUCAUGCAUGCAAUGUCGUGAUCAGAUCGUGUCUGACCUUUUAUUUGUUAAACACAAAACCCAAGGCUUGUUGUGAUUGCUGGGGAUGGGGGAUCAGAAAGAGCCGACAAUGGUUCCCAAAUCCACUUCGUUUAGUAUCAAGAGCCUUCUGUUUCCUUCUAAAAGUGACAACCCAAACUCAAGGACCCCAGAAAAGAAAACUGUGACUGAGGAAAUGGAAUCUUGUUCUUUUAACCAGGACAAUCACGGGGAGGAAGAGGCAGACGGACCGAAAGAACAGAAUAAAAAUGAAAAAUACGACAAGCCGCCGUUCAGUUACAACGCUUUAAUAAUGAUGGCUAUAAGACAGAGUCCAGAAAAGAGAUUGACUCUGAAUGGCAUCUAUGAGUUCAUCAUGAACAAUUUCCCUUAUUAUAGAGAGCACAAACAAGGCUGGCAAAACUCAAUACGGCAUAACCUGAGUCUGAAUAAAUGCUUUGUGAAAGUGCCAAGGCAUUACGAUGAUCCAGGAAAGGGGAACUACUGGAUGCUCGACCCGUCGAGCGACGACGUCUUUAUAGGGGGGACAACGGGAAAACUUCGGAGGCGGUCAACAACAUCGAGGGGCAAGUUGGCACUGAAAAAGGGUCUUCGGUUUGGGCCGCUCGGGCUGGGAUUGAACGACAGGGCAAGCAACCCUUUUUACUGGCAAAUCUCGCCAUUUUUAUCUUUGCAUCACCCCCAUUAUAACAGAUCUGCAUCGGGAUUUCUGAGCCAGGGUCAUGCUUACGGCUCUCUGCUUUCCGGGAUUGAUCAGUUGGGAAACGGGGACCUGACUCGUCCGAUAUUGGGUGGAUCUGGCCUGACAAACAGUUACGGCGUGAGCGCGUCUUCUGUCAGUUUACUAUCAGGACAAGCUGGCUAUUUCGUCUCUGGAGCCCAGCACUCGCAGUCCGUUCAGCACAGUGGAGGUGGUUUCGGGGUACCGUCCAGCUCGCCCUCUACGCUGAUUUCUGAAACACUGAGACCGUCACUGCCUUCCUUUACAUCGGGUGUUUCUACGGGAUUUGCUGGAGUCCUGUCUCAUCAAAACAGGGUUACAUCUGCUAGUUCGUUUUUAAACUGAUCCUAUUACUUCCAGGUUGGGGAAAGAAUAACACGCAAAUUAAAAAAAUAUUGUUUCCCAAAUUGGCAAACUUAUGUUAUUUUUUAUAAGAAAGAAAUUUAAAA